AUUACUUGACACGAACCUUAGUGUUUGAUUGAUCCGACCGAAUCAUCACUCCAUUUACAAUGAAGAUUUCAGGCCGCACAUUCGUCGUCUCCGGGGGCGCCUCCGGCCUCGGCCGCGCCUGCGUGCUCGACAUCUGCGCCCAAGGCGGCAACGCAGCCAUUCUAGACAUGAACACAGAAGCAGGCGAAGAGCUAGCCACCGCGCUAGGCGCCAGCGCAAGGUUCAUCCAGUGCGACGUGUCCUCCACAACCAGCAUCGCUUCGGCCGUCUCGUCCAUCGUCUCUUGGACCCGCCAGACCGGCAAACCCCUCGGCGGCAUCAUCCCCGCCGCUGGCGUCGGCCUGCCCGCCCUGAUCCUCGACAAGCACCUCCGCCCGGCCUCGCUGGAAUCAAUCGACUUCGUGCUCUCCAUCAACCUGCGCGGCACGCUCGACCUCGUCCGGCAACUCCUGCCGCACCUGGCCGCCACCGGCCCCUCUGGCCCCGAUGGCGAGCGCGGGGUUGUGGUCAUGGUCGCCAGCGCGGCCGCGUUCGAGGGGCAGAUGGGCCAGGUGGCGUACUCGGCGUCGAAGGGCGCCGUGGCGGCCAUGACGCUGCCGAUGGCGCGGGACCUGUCGCGGUUCGGGAUCCGGGUGGUUACCAUCGCGCCGAGCAUGUUUGAGAGCAACAUGACGGCGCACUUAUCUGACAAGGUGCGGGAGGGUCUGCAGAAGGCCAUGGAGUUUCCCGCGAGGGCGGGCAAGCCCGACGAGUUUGCGUCGCUGGUGAGGCAGGCGAUUGAGAAUGUUAUGCUGAAUGGGGUGGUCAUCAGGUUGGAUGGGGCGACGAGGAUGCCGAGUAAGCUGUGAUGGGGCUUAGUUCACGGUGGAAGUGGGCAAAGAGUAAUGUCAUUGACUUUAUUGAAGACGAACAAGCUCCAAUCGCGAUGGAAAUUUACAAACAGUGAAAAGAAACACUACUCUA